UCUAUCCACUGUCGUUGGGGGCUUCUUUCCAGGCAAGAGGACGGUGGGGGGUUCCCUAAGGAAAGGGAACGUCAGGAGUAUCACCUUGAAGGAACCAGGGAGCAGGUUUGCAGGGACUGGCCCCUGAAUUCUCCAGUCUUGGCUUGAAAUUGCAAGGAGUUAUUUGAACCACUUCAGCUCUGGAGCACACACAGGACUUGACUGGGUGCGACUUCGCUUGGGCUGUUGAUACUGAAGAUGGAAAUUGCACUGGAAUGAAUCGGACCUUUCUCUGCUUUCCACAUCAAUGCUGCAGCACCUUGGAACACCUUGGUCCUACCAUGUGCAGCUGCCUCUAGCUGAGACCUGGAUCACAUUGACUCCAAAUUCCCCUAUAGUCCUACCAGUUGCUACUCUGAUCAAGGGGUGGAAGACAUUACACAGCGACGUCAGUGAUGCAUAAAGUUUUUAAGGAAUAAACUGUAGACGUUGCUCCAAUUGGCAGGUUUGUGUACCUUUUGGCUUUGGUGGAUUAGCAAAUUCCUCGACAUUGAUGGAAGUGAUUGAAAUGCGGUCAGCAGAAGAACACGUGCGAGAUCAGCAGAACAUGCCUUCCAAUGGCUAUGCAAGAGCCCUGUUAGUUCCCUACACCCACGAGGGCAUCAAAUCCAGCAGUUUACCAAAUGGCAUCAGAAAAAGUCAAAAGAAACAGAAGGAGUACAUCCAGAUCUCCUUGCCUGAUUCAAACUUUAAGUUCCCGCUGGAGUGGUGGAAGACUGGCAUCGCAUUUGCUUAUGCUGCAUUUAAUUUGGUGAUGACUAGUGUGAUGAUCACAGUUGUACACGAAAGAGUUCCUCCCAAAGAGAAGAAUCCUCCUCUUCCUGAUACCUUCUUUGACUAUGUUGACCGUGUCGAGUGGGCUUUCAAAGUGUCUGAAAUCAAUGGCAUGGUCCUCAUUGGCUUUUGGGGAAUCCAGUGGUUACUCCUUAGGUAUCGGUCCAUUGUGGCACGCAGAUAUUUCUUCAUAAUUGGGACUCUGUACCUGUAUAGAUGUAUCACCAUGUAUGUAACCACUUUACCUGUGCCUGGAAUGCACUUCCAAUGUGCCCCAAAGUUGAACGGAGACUCCCAAGCGAAACUUCAAAGGAUCUUGAAACUGAUCUCAGGCGGAGGACUUUCCAUCACUGGUUCACACAUCCUGUGUGGUGACUUCCUGUAUAGUGGGCACACUGUCAUGCUGACGCUCACUUACUUAUUUAUCAAAGAAUAUUCACCGCGUCGGUUCUGGUGGUAUCACUGGAUCUGCUGGCUUCUCAGCGCCAUGGGGAUUAUGUGCAUUCUUCUGGCACACGAGCACUACAGUGUGGAUGUCCUUGUGGCCUAUUACAUCACAACACGACUCUUCUGGUUGUAUCACACAAUGGCUAAUAUUUCGAAUCUGAAAACGCCUUCAAAAACCAACCAGUUCUCCCAGGCCUGGUGGUUCCAAAUCUUCCUUUUCUUUGAGAAGAAUGUGCACAGUUCAGUUCCCUGUUCCUUCAUGUGGCCUCUCUCUUGGCCUCCAAGCUGCUUGAAGACAUCCUGUAGAAAAUACACACGAGUACAGAAGUUGUGAGGAGCCAGCAGGAAUCCAGAGAUCUUAAGACUUGGUCCCUGAGCCACCAAACCAAAGUGGUCUACACUAAAGAAGAUUCUUCAGUUUGGUAACUAAUCAAACACCCUUUCCAGAGUACAACUUGAAUCUGACUAUAAGAAAUCGGGGAGGAUGUUUUUUUGGCUUUGGAUAAUCCUUUUGUUUAGGUCCAGGUUUAGCUCAAUUUUUAACUACUCUACAACCAUUGCUUGACGAUUGGGUUUAUUUGACAACUGAACAUUUUUAUAUUUAACUUAAAUCUCAACUUCAAGCACAUGUAUAUUAAAACCAUCUCCUCUAUGCAAUAAUUAAACAAGCUGCUAUGUCAUUACUAAAUCCUACCUGGGUCUUGACGGCGAUAUCGUACUGUCAUUCCUUGCCAAAGAAAUUCUAUCAUGGUCAACCACUCUACUUGAAGGAAGAGUUCCACAUGAGAUUGAGCGUUCUAUAUCCUGCUGAACAUAUUCCAAAAACAAAUCCUAUGAAUCAGAUUAUUUUGCACAAUGUUUCAGAUGACCAUCAAGACUGAACUUCGAACAUUUAAAAAAAAAAACUGCCACCAUAUGAAUCUGGGGCAGACACUGUGUUAACUUUUGCAGUGCAGUAUAUGCCAAAUUCAGACUUGACCGAAAAGGGACGAGGAGCUAAAUUCUAGUCCAGCUCCGUUCGCGUUUUCUCCAGUGAAUGAAAUCGGUCGCCUCUCGUUACCGUGUUGAAGUGCUGGUUAGAGUUACUCUGGGAGAAGGUGUUUUGCGCGGAAGUUCAAAGUGAGUUACUAAAACUGUUGUAAUGUUACAAUCAUGGCUAAAAAUUUAAUUUGGAUGGUAUUAGAUAUUUAAAUCUGACUUCUUACGCCAAAAUAAAACUGCACUUUCACACAGGUCAAUGGUCUGAUAAAUGUGAAAUUCAGUGAUCUCGAUAUAAUAGUUAAUACUGAGAGCAAUGUUAUUUGGUUUUGGAUUUAACAGUCCCUACUAGCUGUGCAGAUUCCAGCCAAUGUAACAAGCUUAGAUGUUCACGCCCUGUUGAAUUUUGUAAAGUGAUGGGGAACUUGGGUUUGCACAAACCAUUGUCUAUAGUGUGAAUGUGUAUUUGUUCUUAUGCCUGUCACAUCUGCUAACAGAAGCCAUGUUGUAUUUCGUACACAUAUUGGGAAAGCUACAAUUUUCUAUAAUGAACUUGUAUAAAAGAUCAGUACCAUGUAUGUAUUGGAUCUGGAUAGCACCUUACACUUUCAAAUACAGGGUUAAUUUCUUAAAGUGGAGAAAGUAUUUUGAACUGAAUUGCUCUAUUGGUACACUGGGACAGUGCCUGAGCAGCCAGUUAUCUCUUGUCGAUGCUAACCUGACUUUAGUCCAGCUGCCCUUUUCUGAUGUGAAGAUGGAGCACUAUCUGGGAUCCUUGCUACGGUAGAGGUUGCCACUGCAGUGAAUGCCAUAUAUCAGAUAAUGGACAUUGAUGCCAAAUCUGUGCUCCCAGGUUGCCUCUACCAGUCAUUCUAACUGAGGCAUACUGUUCAGGUGUCUGCUGAAAAAGUGUAUAUGAUUGUUGGGCAAUUCAGCAAAAUAAUCUCUCCUUUCAAAGGAGUGGUAAUUUUUUGACACCUACAUUAAAGAGCUCCAUUUGGGAACCUCUGCAAAGUUGGGCAAUGAGAUAGCUUCACAUUCCAAAAAGUAUUUCCUUCAAAUCUAAAUACUCACUGGUGAAAGUUAGAGAAUAUUAAAAGGGUUUAACUAAAGAGACACAAUUUUUUUAAAUUCAGAAAUGUCUAUUGUAAUUUUUAAGAUCCAGUGCCUUAUAUCUUAGUGCCAGUUGGUUUACAUGUUGAAAGUACACUGCUCUGUAUGGUGUUGGUUUUGUUCAGACUGUCUGGCAAAAAUUAUGUAUAGAAUUCAUCUGAGUAAAAGGAUUUGAUUGAGACUUUAA